GUAUGUGCGCGACACAUGCCAUAGGUGAGAUCAUGUUUAAAAUCCCUCGUAAUAUUAAGUUUGUGCCUUCCGACGCCGACUCACUCGUCGAUACUAGUUUCGAUCAGUCAACGGACACGCCAAAGCGGGACGCCUGGUUUACAUUGAUGUCUAAUAACAACCAUAACCUCACUCUUCGCUCGAUCCUCGACAAAGAUAAGUUGACCGGCUCUAACUUCUUAGACUGGCAAAGAAAUCUCGUUAUCGUUCUUCGACUCGAGAAGAAAGAAUACGUGCUCGAACGAGCCAUUCCACCUGUCCCGGCCGCCAAUGCUUGUAGAGCUAUCAAGGAUACUUAUGAGAAGCAUGUUGAUGAUGACAAUCAAGUGGCAUGUCUCAUGUUGGCUACGAUGACUUCUGACCUUCAGAAACAUCAUGAGAAUGAUUGGCUAACUCUUGAGAAAUUGGGUUUCGAACUAAGGAAUGAACUUGCAACUGAUCUGAUUCUGCAAUCGUUGCCAGAGUUGUACAAGCAGUUUGUGGUUAAUUACGAGAUGCAUGAACUCGAUAAACCACUGCCAGAACUUUUGAAGAUGCUACAAACUGCUGAAGAGAGCUUGACGAAAGGAAAGGGGAAUUCUGUCCUUCUGGUUCAAGGAGGAAAAGGCAAUAAGAAGUUCAAGAAAGCAAAGAAGAAUGGACCUAAAGGCAAGGGUAACACCGAACCAAAGUCAAAUUCUUCUAAGCUCAAGCCUAAAUGUGGAGUGGCCAAAGAUUCCAUUUGUCAUUACUGUGGUGAAGUUGGCCACUGGAAGAGGAAUUGCAAGCAGUAUUUGGCAACCAAGAAAAAGGGUGAAGCUUCUGCUUCAGACUCUGAAAGGAAAGAGCACUUGGAAACUGUUCCACAACGAUCCCUUCCUUAAUAAUAAGUAAUGAAAGUAAGUCUCAUAU